ACCGCGAGGCGGAAGAACUGCGUCGCUGCGAGCCUGAGCCUGAGCCUGAGCCAGAGGUCAACGCAAAUCAUGUUGUUCCCGCCGCCGCUUCUCCCGCUUCUCUUCGCUCUCGUUUCGGCCGCCGGGGGAUCAUCCGCGCGCGAUGCCGGACGCGGCCGAACCGAGGCGUUCGUGCUGCCGCACAGCCACAUGGACGUGGGCUGGGUGUACACGGUACAGGAGAGCAUGCGUGCGUACGCCGCCAACGUCUACAGCAGCGUGACCGAGGAGCUCACGCGGGAGAAGCGCCGCAAGUUCGUUGCCGUGGAGCAGGAGUUUUUCCGCUUGUGGUGGGACUCCGUGGCCGCCGACGAGCACAAGAAACAGGUGCGCCAGCUGCUGCAAGAGGGACGUCUGGAGUUCAUCAUUGGGGGUCAGGUGAUGCACGAUGAGGCCGUCACCAAUCUGGACGAUGACAUCCUGCAGCUGACAGAAGGCCACGGCUUCUUGUAUGAGACAUUUGGAGUGCGACCCCAGUUCUCCUGGCACGUAGACCCUUUCGGAGCCUCCGCUACGACGCCCGUCCUGUUUGCCCUGGCGGGGUUUAACGGCCACCUCAUCUCCCGCAUUGACUACAACCUGAAGGAUGACAUGCAGAGGAACCAGAAGCUGCAGUUUGUGUGGCGGGGCUCGCGCAGUCUAGGAGAUCAACAGGAGAUCUUCACCCACACUAUGGACCAGUUCAGCUACUGCACCCCCUCUCACCUGCCCUUUAGCAACAGAUCAGGGUUUUACUGGAACGGCGUGGCCCUAUUCCCCGAUCCCCCCAAAGAUGGCGUGUACCCCAACAUGAGCCUUCCCGUAGAUGAGGAUAACCUGCACUCCUACGCUCAGACCAUGGUGGAGAACAUCCAGCAGAGGGCGCAGUGGUUCCAGUCCAACCAUGUGCUUUGGCCCUGGGGCUGCGAUAAGCAGUUCUUCAACUCAUCAGUCCAGUUCCAGAACAUGGACCCGCUCUUGGACUACAUCAACCUGCACAGCGAGCAGUUUGGAGUCACGGUCCAUUAUAGCACUCUCAGUGAAUACUUCCAGGCUAUCCAUCAAUCGGGGCACACCUGGGAGGUGAGGGGAAGCCAGGACUUCCUUCCUUACUCUGCCGAACCUUUGCAAGCAUGGACUGGGUUCUACGCUUCCCGGAAUGUUCUAAAGGGCGUGGCUCGGCACGCCAGCUCCCUGCUGCACGCCGCAGAGUCCCUCUUCACCUGGUACCUGGUGAACAUCCCAGGUGGAGCAGUCCCUAAAGAGUGGGCCCUGCAGAAGCUAAGGGACCUUCGCUGGGCUCUUUCUGAGGUGCAACAUCACGAUGCCAUCACCGGCACAGAAUCGCCCAAGGUGGCUCACAUGUACCUGCAGCACCUCACCCAGGGCAUGAUGGGAGCCCAAGAAGUCAUGGUUAAACUUCUUAUUCCAGCGCAGCCUUUUGACUCCUUUGAUGCCACUGUCACACAGAGCACAGGUGAAUCGUCAGACUCGGCACAGCACAUCGUUGUGUACAAUCCUCUGGCGUGGAACGUCACAACAUACAUCAACGUCACGGUGCCUUUCCCUAUGGCGACUGUGUAUGACGAUGAGGGACACCCUGUUUCUGCACAGAUACAGCAAUCAGCAGAAUCAGACUCUGCAUAUGACCUGUUCAUCGUGGUGAACCUGAAGGGCCUGCAGCACAGAAGGUACGUCAUCAGAGCCAUGGCUUCAUCAGGACGGACGCACGCCGCCACGGUGGUGACCUUUGAGCGCCGGAGUAGGACGCAAGGGGAGCCACGAAAGCGUGGCCGAAGACUCCUGCCAGUGCUGAACGAGUGUUACGCGCUGAAGGUCGACCAGGACACAAACCUGCUGCACAGCAUCGUUGACAGGACCAGAAAGAGGAGCGUAAAGCUGACCCAGGACUUCGGCGAGUACCGUGCUAAUGGGGACGUCCGCAGGGGGCCCGUCUCUGACAACUACGUCUUCAGUGCCAACGGGUCGUCGGAAGCUGCGUACGAAGCUGUGGGGAUGGAGAUUGUUCCAGGGAAGGUUCUCACUGAGAUCAGGCAGUACUUCUACAGGGAGGAGUCUGAUGAGGAGUACGCGUAUGCCGUAUACACCCGGCUGCCUGAGGGGUUCGAGGGGGCGGCACCGUGCCACAGGAUUGAGCAGAGCUACAGGGUGGGCCCCCUGGCCGUGAACCGGGAGGUGGUCCUGAGGACCUCCACUGACCUGAGCAACAACAGGACCAUCUUCACUGACAACAACGGGUACCAGAUGCAGAGGAGGCUCCACAGGACCUUUCCCAACAACACCGUAGCGAGAAACUACUAUCCAAUGGUACGGACGGCCUACAUCGAGGAUGACUCCACCAGGCUGGUGGUGCUGGCCGAGCGUGCCCAUGGGGUGUCCAGCCAGCACGAGGGUCAGCUCGAGGUGAUGCUCCACAGGCGUCUGUGGAACAACCAGGAGUGGAACCUCGGUUACAACCUGACGCUGAACGACAGCUCGGUGGUGCGGCCGGUGCUGUGGAUGCUGCUGGGCUCCCGAGCCGCCAUGGCCUCGCUGGGACCGAGGGAGGUGCUGGCGCUGCAGCACAGGCCCGUUGUGCUGCGCGUCGACUCGGCUGAAAGGGGCUGGACAUCUCAGGCCUUCCAGGACAGAGUCUCUUCCAAGGCCGUUGUCCUGCCUCCAAACCUCCACCUGCUUAGUCUAAGCGUCCCAGGCUGGGCCUACAGCUCCAACCACACCCAGCACCUACAGGACCUGCAGCAGGGUAAUGAGAGGAAAACGGAACCAGAAUUCGGUCGAAUCCUUUUGAGGAUCAUGCAUCUGUUUGAGGUGGGAGAAGAUCCAGUUCUGUCCAAACCGACCACCAUAAAUCUAAAGGAAGUUCUGGACGGACUGGGCCAGCUGAGCUCUGUUGAGGAGCGUUCCCUCACUGGAAUCUGGGAUAUCUCUGACCUCCACAGGUGGAACUGGAACAGCACAGAGGAGUCAAAUACAGAGAGCAGAAACCAAUUUGGCAGAGUCCUGGAGGACUUCAGGGUAACUGUGUCACCUAAGGAAAUCAGAACCUUCUUUGUUUACUUUAAAUAAUUUACUUAAAAUAAUUGUAUGUCUCAGAUUGAUCUUCUGUGAAGAUGACCUAUAAUCAGUGCAUUUAAAUGAAACCAACAUUGAAAGAAAAAAAGACUUGUUUGCAGCUCUAUAACUAACAUUUUUUUUUGGUUCUAUUGUGAAGACCUGCCUCCUUUCAAUGAAAAAAUGGAUUCUUAUUUAAUUAAUCUCAAAAUUUUAACAGACAGUUUGUAAAUUAGUGCCUUCUCAUACUGUGUAUACAGGAAUUGAAUAUUUGUGAUCCGCGUAGACCUGACCUUGCAGUGUGAGGUCCUACAGAUGUUUGUGAGUUUGUGCUUGUGUCCUGAGCUGUUUGAAAUAAACAUUUUUAACUUUU